AUGGAGCGCGAGAGGAGCAAGGGGGAGAGGCGCGAGGUGGAGCUCGCUCUCGCCGCGUCCGGCAUGGGCCGGCGCGGCGGGGGAAGUGGGGGGGCAUCCGGGGGUCAAGACGGCGGUCAGGCAGCAGCUGGCGGCCAAAAUCGUGACGGAGAGAAGAAAAAUAGUGACGUGUUCAACGACGACCCCGGCGGAUUUUGCCGCUACCACCAGUCCGAGCUUCACACCCACGAGCAGUGUCGUCUCCAGCAGCAGCUGCGGCCCGCGCGUUCGAGAGAGGGCGCCGCGGAACGCCGCUCGGGCGGCGGCAGCCGCGGUGGCGGCGGUAGCCAGCGAGGGGGCAGACCGCCGCCGGGGCCAGGCCGCGGUGGCGGCCGAUGGGUGAGGCUAGAAGGGCAGCAGCACCACACCGGUCAUGGUGGCGGUGGCUGGAGCCAAGCCUCACCCCCCCCGAGACCUCUUCGUGGACGUGGGCCUGGUGGUCGUCUGGGGCGUCACCCGGGGGGUCGUGGGCCCGCGGGACGCCACAGCAGCGACGGGCGUGCCGAGAGAGAACGGGCAGGGAGAGGCCCGGGGCACGCGCGUUCUGGCCACGGAAGAGAGCAGGCGUACGUUGUGUACUACGCCCACGAUGAUGGUGGCUACUACGAAGACUACGGCGACUACGACGACGGCUACUACUACGAAGACGGCUACCACGACGCCGGGUACGCCCACUACGCCGGCGGUGGGGACAGCUACAGCUACCCCUCAUGGCCGGCAUGGCCGCCCGCCGCAGCGCUGGCCGUGUGUUCGACGUCGACUUCGCCUCCAUCCCCGGCCUCGACGAGCGCGGUGACCGUCUUUGGAUGGAAUCGGCGAAAUGGGCCGCCGACGCUUUCAACCAGUCGGCGACCAAGANAGAGCGCCAUCUGGCGCAUCAUGAAGGCCGGCAUGGCCGCCCGCCGCAGCGCUGGCCGUGUGUUCCACGUCGACUUCGCCUCCAUCCCCGGCCUCGACGAGCGUGGUGACCGUCUUUGGAUGGAAUCGGCGAAGUGGGCCGCCGACGCUCUCAACCAGUCGGCGACCAAGGCCAACCCCGGGCGGCGCUCGCCGCACGAGAUGUUCACCGGCGAGCAGGGGCCGUUCCGCGUGCUGCCGUUCUUCCAGCCCGGCUUCAUGCGUGAGGAUCGCCGCACCAAGCUCGACGACCAGGCCACCCCCUGCUACUACCUGAACGGCGGCGACAACCACCCGAGCGGCACCGUCAAGGUCCUCAAGGCGUCCACCGGCCGCGUCGUCUACACCAAUAACGUGUCGUGGGUGACGUCGGCGCCAGCUGUUUCGCCCGGGUACAAAGGCCGAGGGUAUGACAGACCCGCGGCUGCCAAGCCGUACGAGAUCGGGCACAAGGCACAGCACAGGACUCAUCUCGAUGCUAGACAAGAAUACUCUGGUGUCGAUGCUGGAGGCUCGGAGCGCGAACGCAGGGAGCUGGGGGGGGCGGAGGCCGGAGAGCCGGGGGGAGCGGAGACCGGAGGGCAGGCGGGAGCACUUGCAGCUGUGGACCCGGGGGCUGGAGGAGCGGGCUUUCCACUCGCAUUUGCCACGCUCCUCGCCACCCGGGAAGACAUCGACGCCACGCUGCGAGACCAGCGCCCGCCGGAGCAACGCCCUGACCUUCCUCAUUGCCAGGCCAGCGACCUUCGUGUCCCUAAGAGCUACAAAGAGGCCAUGGCGUCGGAGCACUGGCACCUUUGGAGCGACUCUAUGCAAAGGGAGUUUUAUGGCUUGUUGGAAGCGGGGACUUUUACUCCGGCGAAGGUGUUGGCUGCUUUGGCGUGCGAGUUGAACCUCGACUUGUGUUUCGAUGUUGAGCAAGCUUUUGUGCGUUCGGAGUUGGAGGAAGACGUUUACAUGCGUUUGCCGCAGGGAUGUGGAGAUCUAUCUGGAAUGAUUGUAAAACUAGGCAAGAGUCUGUAUGGCUUGAGACAGACAUCUAGGCAGUGGCAUGCAAUGCUGAACAGCGAAGAGGCAGAGGACGGCUGGCCAGGAGCGGGGGUCGCCGACGGUGACGGCGAAGUGGCAGAGGGCGGUUGUGAAGGCGUGGGAACGGGCGGCGGCGUUGCGGCAGGGGGCGAAGCGGCAGAGGGAGCGGGAGCGGGCGACGACGUGGGCGCUGGCGGCGGCGGUGCUGCGGUCGAAGGCGUCGGUGCUGGGCCCAAGUUGAACGAGACGACCGGCGGCGUGAACGGGGGGGGUGUCGGCGCAGUGGUGAUACCAGCGGCAGAUCAGUGUGGACCUUAG